CGCAAAUCUUCACGACUCACAACUUCGCUCACCGCCAACAACAACCAGCAGCAACCAACAACAACCACACCACCAUGUCCCUGCCACCGACGGCCACCGCUUCCCUAGUGGAGGAAGUCGACAAAUGCCUCAUCUGCGUGCUACGGGAUGGAAGAAAGUUGAUUGGUUACCUUCGCACCGUCGAUCAAUUCGCCAACCUUGUGUUCCAGGAUGCAGUUGAGCGCAUUUACGUGGAUGACUAUUACGGGGAUAUCCAGCAAGGCAUUGUCAUUGUACGCGGAGAGAACGUUGUUCUGCUGGGCGAACUGGAUGCUGAGAGUGCACAGAACAGCAAGUUGACGCGGGUGAGUGCGGCGGACAUUCUGCAGAGGAAACAAGUACAGCUUGAGGAGAGGAAGAAGAGCGAGCAGGAGGAGAGGCAACGGCGACUGACAAUGCAGCGUGAACAGCCAGAUAUUGUCGAUGACUUUUAGGCAGUGCGUGUACCUCUCGUGUGUGUCUCUGUGUGUGUUUGUCCGUCUGUUUGUGUGUGUGUGUGUGUGCUUGUGCAUCUGUGUGCGUUGCUGUCGGCUUCUCUCCUUUGUUACGAUACCUGGCUCGUUCUGCUGUUGUUCGCACACAUGUGUUUAAACGUCUGUUCUGUCCUCGUGUGUACGUGUGUGCAUGUGUGUGCGUGUAUGUGUGUGUGUGUGUCGUCGGUGUGAGCAGCUGCGUGUUCAGUGGCGCUCGUGCGCCCACGAACUUGUAUUGUUGCAUGCGCGCGCGCUUCGUGCCAUGCCGUUUGCCAUUCAUCGUGUCAUGUAACUUGUGGAAUAUUUGGCCACGUGUCACGCAACACGCGCGAGCCAGUGAACAUCAUUACGAGAAAAAGCAAAGAAAAGGAA